GCAAGGGGCCGAUCCGGAUCGGAUCCGGAUUGCCCGAGCGGUGCCUGCUGGCGGCGCGCCCUCUCUCCCCCCGCUCUCCGCCUGGCCAGCCGAGGAGCAGGCCCAGAAGUCGCCACGGCCCCGAUCCGCGCAAGCGCCCUCAGGACGCCUCGCACCAUGUGAAUACUCGUGGGUGAGAGACGCUCCUGGCCGGCGCCGGGCCCCGCAAGCUGCCGCCCACGGCUGCGAGCGUUUCCGCCAAAGUAGCCCCCGCGGCUACUUACUCCCAAGCGAGAGAGCAGAGCUGCAUCCUCUUUGUGCUUGCCUCCGCCCUGAAAGGACUGCCUGUCAGCAGCCACGACCCCGACAUCCCGAACCCGAAUCCUGCGCGGCCGUUGGCUAGCCUCCAGUGGUCCUGCCCGUGGAAGUCCCUGGCCGAGAGAUGGCUGCAGCCACCAGACCUGCUCUCCAGGAUCUGGUGACUUUUGAGGAAGUGGCCGUCUACUUUUCCCCGGAGGAGUGGGAGUGGCUGUCGGACUGGCAGAAAGAGCUCUACAAGGAUGUGAUGAGAGGCAACUAUGAGAUGCUCGUUUCGCUAGUCCCCGACCUGGAGGCCCAGAAGCCCAGCGUAAUUGCGCGGAUCGAGCACGGGGAGGAGCCGUGCCGCGCUGGCGAGCCCCCUUUCCCGAAGGCGAGAGCAGGUUGCCGACAUGGCUGCUCGGAUGGUCAGAUCCUGGUUAAGAAGGAGUCCCACCCCGACGAGCACCUCGAGGGGCUGCCAGGCCACGUGGCACACCUGGAAGCAUCGAAGGGGGCCCUGGACAACAGUGCUGCCUCUGUGUUGCCCACCUGGCCACCGGGCGCCGCCGCCACACCUCCCUGGCCCACGGAGUUCCAGUGGCCAAGUUCCAGUGGCCAAGUGGCAGGCCAGGAGGGGGCGCCCGUCGCCUUCCAGGUGGGGCACCCCUGCGCCUCUGGAGGCAGCUUCUGGCCCGCCGGGGUCUCCGCCCCUCCGCCUGACAGCCACGAGGAGAUGCUGCUGAUCUGCACCCAGUGCCAGAAGUGCUUCCCCGCCCCGUCGGCUCGCAGCGCCCCUGCUGUGGCGCCCACAGGGGAGGUGACCCAGGUGUGCCCCGGGUGCAGGCGCCGAAGCCCGGCCGUGGCGCCCCCGCAGAGCCACACCGGGGCACAGCCCUGUGCCUGCACCGCCUGCUUGUCGCUCCGCUUCCGCCAGAGGGUCCCCCGCGAGGAGCGGCCCUUCCGGUGCGGGAAGUGCGAGAAGAGCUUUCGGUACGUGCACGAGUACACCUGGCACCAGAAGGUGCACUCCGGGGAGAAGAACUACAAGUGCGGCGCGUGCGAGAAGGUCUUCCGGCACAAGCAGGAGCUCAUGUGGCACCAGCGCACCCACACGGCGGAGUGGCCCCACAAGUGCGGCGCGUGCGAGAAGAGCUUCCGCUUCAAGCAGGAGCUGACGUGGCACCUGAAAACCCACUCCGUGGAGCGGCCCUACAAAUGCGCCGAGUGCAGCAAAAGCUUCCGCUUCAAGCAGGAGUUCAUGUGGCACCAGCGGGCCCACGUGGGGGACCGGCCCUACAAGUGCGGCGAGUGCGAGAAGAGCUUCCGCUUCAAGCAGGAGUACACGUGGCACCAGCGCAGCCACGCAGGGGAGAAGAGCUACAAGUGCCCCGGCUGCGACAAGAGCUUCCGGUACAAGCAGGAGUACACGUGGCACCAGAGGAUCCACACCGGCGAGCAGCCCUACCCUUGCGCCUCCUGCGACUCCACCUUCACCUGCCGGCAGGAGUACAUGCGCCACCAGCGGCUGCACGACGGCGAGAAGCCGUACCAGUGCCCCCACUGCGAGAAGACCUUCCGCCGAGGCUCCACGCUGAUCCGGCACCGGCGCGUCCACAUGGGCGAGGGGCCCUUCAAGUGCCCCCACUGCGACCGGACCUUUGGCCAGAGCGCCAACCUCAUCAAGCACCAGCGGGCACACGCCCUGAAGAAGGAGCCCGUGGAGAGCGCCCCAGAGUGGCCCCCCUGCUUGCAGGCCGCCCCCCAGCCGGCCCCCCUCGGCAUGCUGAGCCUGAAGACCGUCUCCGUGGGGGCCCUGCUCCUGCUCAACCUCCAAGAGCCGAAGCAGGAGAGCGACCCGGCCGGCACCGCGGAGGCCUGGGUGCCCCAGUUGUGAUCCGGGGUCCAUGCCUCGGGAGGGCAGAGAAAUAGGAAGCCUCCGAGACGGCGGUGUGGGCUCCCUGGCAGAGCACCACAGCUUUGCGGGCGGAUCGCCAGGUGGCAGGCAUCACACACCCCAGCUUGGCACCCUGACCCCCACUGGCUGCAGAGUUGAACUGCAGCUCCCAUCAUGCCGGGCUCCCCCACGCCCCCGGAGCAGAGAACCCGGGGGAAGCCGCCGGCACUUCCUUUGUCCAGAGGGAGCCUGCCAGUUGCCAGAGACAGACGGGGGACAGUCCUCGCCAUCCUGUCCUGCUUCUGGGACCAACUGCUGGGCUAGCCGUUGCCCAUCUGGAAAAGCCGCCUGUCCUUCCUGGAGAAGCACCGUGCUGUCCCUGCGUCUUGGCGAGCCAGGGCUGGAGCAGCGUCGCCCCGUUUCUGCCCAGUGGAGGUGGGACCUCCUGGAUUCAAGACCAGACGAGAGAGGGUAUUCGGACCCCUGCGCCCUGGCUUUCUUGUGCCCACCCCAAGCCAUGUUCUCGGCGCCUGGGCUCUGUCCGGUGUCCGCAGGAGCCCUGCGGUGGUCUCCCUCAUCAUCAGGGGGGCCUCCCAGCUUUGCUGGAGCUUUCUCCCUUCUGGCGCGGCCCGUUUAUGCAUGCCUGGGGUGCAGAGCCCCCAGGUAGCCUGGAACGGGUUGCUGGACCUGGCUGCUCCCAGAGGACGCUUCGAGGGCCCUGCUGCACUCGCCGGACUCUCCUGGGGGCUAGGCUCGGUCGCCGUCUCCUUCCAUGUGCAACGCCCCCACGUGUCCCCUGCACUUCUGCCACCGCUUUCCUCGCUGCAGAGAACCCCCCAGGAGGGGGAGGCUCCCCCCGCUCCUGCGUGGCUGCACCGUGUCCUCUCACCGGCAGUGCUCAGAGCCCUCCGAGCUCAUCCAAGCCUUGUCGCUCGGGCGGUCCUGAGUGCUGCCCAGACAGCCUGGCAGAGAAGGGCACGUCACACCUUCAGAGAGGGCUCUGCUGUCCUGCUCGCAGCAUGGAAGGGGCCCUCGGUUUGGGCCUGCUCGCCUCGGAAGCGCCGCAGGUCGCUGAGGCUCAGCCAGCCUUUCCUGGUAGCUGGAUGUCAGCCGGCUUAGUCAGGUGUCUUUUCUGUUGCUCCCGGCAUCACCCAAGUCCCCUUCGAAGACUGGCACAGAGAAGGCCUGACUGGGAGUCGCGGCAGGGCAGGUUGGCUCUGGACGUGGCCAACCCGGUUGGCAGCCCAGCUUGUCAAAAUGGGUCUCAGCUGCCCGGGACAUCUCCUGGCAUGGCCACCUGGAAGGAGGGGGAGGCCUUGUGUGUUCCCAUGGGCCAUGCGCAGAAGAAAGCACCUGCCAAACGCACUGGGAACAACGGGAAAUCCCAGCACGUUCCUCGUAUGGCCCAGUUUUUUCCGGCGCACGGAUCCCGAGACAGAAUCCCAGUGCCAUCGGUUUGCUCAUGGUCAAUGCUGUCCUGUCUUCAUUGUGAAUUUCUGUGAAAUCCACCCAGGGCCGUGUGGCUGCUAUUUUCUUACAGAAAUGAAUUAUUUUAAUGUUUACCUGUGUUUAGAUGAACUGUCAUGAAAGUAUGCAAUUUUUUACCACGAGAGGCUGGGGGAAGGGGAGGAGCUGGGUGCCAUGGAGGACGGCGGAGCACUAGCCUGGCUCUGUUGUCUUCAAAAGCUGCAAGGCAAGCUGGAAGGCAGCAGUGGCCGCUUCCCUCUGGCUGAGCAAAAUCCACUCUGCAGCUGCUCAAAGCACAGGAGCCAUGCCCCCGUGAGAGUUGGCAGCUCCGCCUCGUGUCGCUCUGUGUAUAUGUACUUGUUGUUUAAAGUAGAACUUUGUGAGCAGAACCCUUCUCCUUCCCGGGCAGGGCGAGUUUGCAUUUAUACCAGUACUGCAUUGCUUAGAUUUAUUCUCUGCUCGAGCACGGAGUGGCCUGAUCGGCACAAGCAGCGCCUGAGCGAGGACAUUUCCUGCUACCUUGCAGACUUUGAAAGGGGGGUUCCUUGUCCCGGGGCGAGCACAGCUGCAGCAAGAUGCAAGCCCCGGACAUCUUGUGUAGGUUUUGGUCAUUUAAUUGUGGUCUGCAAAGGGGAAUUUUCCCAGUGAAUUUCCCCUCGCUGUACUGACUCCUUAUUUUGUCUUAUGGCAAGGCAAACUCUAUUCUAAACUGAUUAAUUCACCUUUCCUGGUUUUAUACUUGACUAUUGUGUGAAUUCCCCCCUCUGCAUGGGAAUAUGGAGUUAAAGAGUAGAAAAUCCAUUA